GGGCCCCCGGUAACGGUCGGGGCCGGCUGUUAACAGCCCCCGCAGCCCCACACCCCCGAGUUGAUGGAGGGGGCCGGGGCCAUCUCCUAAAAUCCCAGAACUGAGUACCCCCCCACACACACCUCCUGGAAGAACUGCUCCAUCCUCCCCCACCCCACCCCGGCUUCCCGCAGGGCACCUUCAGCUAAGCCAUGAGCGCUCGAGACUCCCCUGGUCUGCUGUUCCCAGCGCUGCCCCUGGCAUCCUCGGGCCUGAUGCUUCUGCUGAGCAGCCUGUGGCUGGUGGGGGCCGGCCCCAGCCUGGCCCUGGCCCCAGAGCUGCUGCCGGACCCCUGGCAGGCACACCGGCUGCUGACCCACGCACUGGGGCACACGGCGCUGCCGGGCCUGCUGCUCAGCCUGCUGCUGCUGCCGGCCCUAGGCUGGCGACAGGAGCAUCGCCUGGGCACGCUGCGUUUCCUGCACGCCUCGGCCCUGCUCGCCCUGGCCACCGGGCUGCUGGCCGCACUGCUGGCGGGCCUCAGGGUGCUCGGGACGGCCGGCGGCUGCGGGUACGUGCCUGUCCACCUGGCCAUGCUGGCGGGGCAGAGUGGCCGCCCCCCCAGGGCCCCCGGGGCACUGCCGGCCUGGCUGAGGCCCUGGCUCCUGCUCGCCCUGACGCCGCUGCUCAGCUCGGAGCCCCCCUUCCUGCAGCUCCUGUGCGGCCUCCUGGCUGGCCUGGCCUGGCAGACAGACGCGGCCGGGGCCUUCCGCUGGUUGGAGCUCUCAGAGCAGCGGCUGCAGGCGCUGCAGGCGGGCGGCCUGUGCAGGGCCCUGGCGGGGUGCUGGCCGCUCAGGCUCCUUCCUGCCCCCAGCGCCGUCUCCGAGCUGCCGGUCACCCACCCUGUCGGAGCAAGGCCUCCCAGCCCUGGGCCUCUUCUCCUGCCCGCCCCCCCCAGCCUCUGGCUCCACGGCAAAGGCUCGGCCCCCGGCCCGCCAGGUCUGGGGGCGGUGCCAUCGCCACCGUCCCGGGAGGGCUCUUCAGAGGUGGGCCUGCCGCUAUGGGCAGCCCUGGACGAGCAGAUUCUGCAGGAGGCCAUCCAGGCCUCCCUCCUGGAGGAGUCUGCGCAGGGCCCCGGGAGCCCGCUCUGGUUGCCCAAGUCCUCCGUGUCCUCUCUACGGCUGCAGCAGCUGGAGCGCAUGGGCUUCCCCACGGAGCAGGCGGUGGUAGCGCUGGCAGCCACGGGCCGCGUGGAAGGCGCCGUGUCCCUGCUGGUCGGGGGGCAGGUGGGCACCGAGGCCCUGGUGGCUGACGGGAGGGGGUCUGUCCACCCCAACGGCCCUGGGCCCCCCUAGCACAGGCAGGUCCUCCCCCCUGCCCUUUUACAAUAAAAACCUGCUCACUUUA